AGAAAAGUUCCAAAAACUGUUUUGAACUAGAAGCGAGGGACCAAACGCUCAUUCUCAGUCUCACCGGGAAACAAUGGCGGCGCUGUUAGAGCCACCGCCACCAUUUCCGCUUCUUCCUCCCAAUUCAAACUCAACCCGUCCCAUUCCGUACAAUCUCAAACUUGGAAGGCCAGCGAACUCUUCGACCAAGCCCGCGCUUCUUCUCAGUCUCCACUCUCCAACCACCACUACCACCACUCCUUGUUGCGCUGCCACUCCCGAAUCACCCGACCCGGUUCCGGGGACUGCUUUGGUGCGGACCCGGGACCGCCGCAGAGCUGUCCGGUUAGCCUGGGAGAAGCUGGUCCGGUGGUCCAGGUCCUGGCGCUCCAAGGCCAAGACCGAUGUCCUUGAACGCACUAACAAGGUAGUGGUGCUUGGAGGUGGGUCUUUUGCUACGGCAAUGGCUGCCCAUGUUGCAAAUAGAAAAGCCCAAAUGGAAGUUAACAUGCUGGUGCGUGAUGUUCAAGUUUGUCAGUCUAUUAACAGCAACCAUUGUAAUCGUAAGUACUUCCCAGAACACAAGCUACCAGACAAUGUAAUUGCCACAACUGAUGCCAAAACUGCUUUGCUUGGUGCUGACUAUUGUCUUCAUGCAGUCCCUGUGCAGUUCAGCUCAUCCUUUCUUGAAGGAAUUGCAGAACAUGUUUAUCCAGGCUUGCCCUUCAUAUCAGUUAGCAAGGGCUUAGAGCUCAAUACGUUGAGGACCAUGUCUCAACUCAUCCCCCAAGCAUUGAACAAUCCUCGGCAACCUUUCAUUGCACUAUCAGGGCCCUCUUUUGCUCUGGAGCUGAUGAAUAAAUUACCAACAGCAAUGGUUGUAGCGUCAAAAGACAAAAAGUUGGCAAAUGCAGCUCAGCAGCUACUAGCUUGUAACUAUCUAAGAAUCAGCACCUCGAGCGAUGUCAUAGGGGUAGAAGUUGCAGGUGCUCUCAAGAAUGUGCUUGCUAUAGCUGCAGGGAUUGUGGAUGGGAUGAAUCUUGGUAAUAAUUGUAAGACAGCUCUUGUUGCACAAGGAUGCUCAGAGAUAAGGUGGCUGGCUACCAAGAUGGGUGCGAAGCCGACAACAAUUACUGGUCUAUCAGGAAUUGGAGACAUCAUGCUUACAUGUUUUGUGAACCUUUCCAGAAACAGAACAGUUGGGGUUCGUCUUGGAUCAGGGGAGCAACUUGAUGAUAUACUAAGUUCCAUGAAUCAGGUGGCAGAGGGUGUAUCAACAGCUGGAGCUGUGAUUGCACUGGCGCAGAAAUAUAAUGUAAAGAUGCCAGUUUUGACUGCAGUAGCUCGAAUUAUCGACAACGAACUGACCCCGAAGAAAGCUGUUCUUGAACUGAUGAGCCUCCCUCAGGUUGAAGAAGUCUGAACCACCUAUGGACUACUUCCAGAAAAGAGGGUUUUUGCAAAUUUAGGCAUAGAGCGUUCAGCAUAGAGUUCAGAGUUCAGCAUACAAAUGUUUCUGCAGAUUUUUAGAUACAGCAGAGUUCAACAAAAAGUGAGAUUCAUUCUCUUUGUGCUCACAUCCCCACCAAAAUUUGAGCAGGAGAGCAAUUUUGUGAAUUACUGAUUAUACUUCUCCAGAAUUUUUCAAAUUGAGCAAUUUAAAAGAAAGGGUUUGAAUCUUGUUGAUCUGAUCUAA